AUGAUGUGCGCAGUAACUAUUAUAGUCGGUUCGAUUAUCGAAAAUCUCUUCCAUACACACUCGGCUAGAGCAUACAUGGAGGGCGGACAGUUCCAAAAGGCUACAACAUGCGAGGGAAAAGUAAUUCUGAUAACCGGCGCGAAUACCGGCAUCGGGAAGGAAACGGCCAAGGAACUGCUCAGACGCGGGGGAAAAAUUUACAUUGCGUGCCGCUCACUGCAUAGGGCAAGCGAAGCCAAACGCGAACUGAUAGAGGAGACCGGCCAAACCAACAUCCACGUGCGUUAUAUGGAUCUGAGCUCGCUAGAAUCGGUGAGGACCUUCGCCAGAACAUUUCUAGAGGAAGAACCACGUUUAGAUAUCCUGAUCAACAAUGCCGGCGUGAUGGCCACGCCGAGGACACUGACCAGGGAGGGCUACGAGGUGCAGUUCGGCGUAAAUCAUUUGGGUCAUUUCCUGCUGACGAACUUGCUGUUGGAUCGGCUGAAGGCCAGCGCUCCGAGUCGCAUUGUAACCGUAACGAGUAAGUGCCACAAGCACGGGGAAAUUAAUCGAAACGAUUUGCACGGUAGACAUGAGUACAACCCAUUCGCAGCCUACAGUAAUAGCAAACUUGCCAACCUAUUAUUUUCGAACGAAUUAGCUAAGCGUCUGGAAGGAACGGGUGUGACCACAUAUGCGGUUCACCCCGGCUCAGUUUACACAGACUUGCAACGUCACUACGAGAUAGUUUGUCCUCUACUAGACACCGUAUUGGCGGAUUGGAUUAUGCUGCUAUGUUUUAAAAGUGCCCGUGCCGGAGCACAAACAACAAUCUACGCAGCUCUGGAUGACGAAUUGGCAGGAAAAACUGGAAAAUACUACGUUGAUUGCCAAGAGAAACUACCGCAUGAACUGGGACUCGACGAAGACACCGCUCGAUGGCUCUGGAUGGAGAGUGAAAAACUGACCGGGAUAACGACCAGGCCUUCCUCCUAGUGGGUCAUUAUUUGUAUCUUUUUCUAACUGCCUCAUGCUAAUUACUUAACACUGUAACAUAUAAUUGGAAGGAAUGUUGAAAUACUUCAUGAGUCACCGUGACUC